AUGCUCGAAGACCCGUCGUACUCGCAAAUCGUGCGCUGGGGAGAUGACAACGACAGCUUUGUCGUAUUAGAGUGCGAGAAAUUCACCAAAUCAAUCCUUCCAAAGCAUUUCAAACACAGCAAUUUCGCAAGUUUCGUCCGACAACUCAACAAAUACGACUUCCACAAGGUUCGCCAAAAUAACGAAGAGUCUGGCCAAUCGCCCUACGGGCCUAAUGCCUGGGAGUUUAAGCACCCAGAGUUCAAAGCCAACAACAAGGAAUCGUUGGAUAAUAUCAGGAGGAAAGCCCCUGCUCCUCGAAAACCGGCCCAGAUGACCGAUGAAUCGUUCCCUAGCCAACAGUUCGACAUGCUGAAUCAACAGCUUGUAGCCCAGGCCCAACAGUUCCAACAACUAAGCGAUCGUUUUACACAAUUGGCCAUGGAAAAUCAGAUGAUGCAAACAGAAGUCAGAAGAGCCCAGAAGACAAUGCUAAGCCACGAGCAGGUUCUACACUACAUGAUGAAUUACCUACAUGGCGUGGAUGUGAGGCACAGAAGAGAAAGCAGAACAGCAACAGUAACAUUCCAGGGCGCAGGUGGAUCAGAUCUAAGCCCUUCCCAAGUAGCCCAUGUUGAUGACGACCCGGCCUCUCCUUUACAACAUGCUUCCAAAAUCCUGAGCGAGCUGAGCAACGAAAUCCAACUCAAUUUGGGUAGUCUCGAGUCAAUGAGUGACAUGCAGAGUCGGCUUCCAGGAGCUGCACCAACACCACCUCUAGAUCAGACACAACGGAAUGGGACACUACGGCCCCCUACUUCGGCUGGCUCAAGCUCAACACUAGGCUACUCUAAGCUGAAUGGUGAACUGGAACAGAUGGUUUAUCCCGUUGGUGCGCCCAAUGGCAUUGAGCCUUUGUACAGCGAUCAUGUCAAUAACAUGCCAUACUCCUUCCCGCCAAAGGAGCUGGAUCCUAAUGACCCAAGACGGCAAUAUGUGGAUGGUCGCAAGAAAAGUAUGUAUGUUAACCCAGGCUGGGUUUCUCCGCCGCGCAUUCUCGUUGAGGAUGAUCAAACUUGUCGCCAAGUUGGAGGAAAGUUUUUGCUCUCGUUUUGCUGUACUGUCGAUUAUGCGCUUGACGGUCUGGAAGCCGUUCAUAAGAUUCAGGAAGGGUCUAAGUAUGACCUCAUUUUGAUGGACAUUAUCAUGCCCAAUCUGGAUGGGGUGUCCGCCUGCAGUGUAAUCAGGAGAGUUGACUCCACACCAAUAAUCGCCAUGACAUCAAAUAUUCGAAGUAGUGACAUUGAACUCUAUUUCCAUCACGGAAUGAACGACGUCCUCCCCAAACCAUUCACUCGACAGAGCCUCCUCACUGUUCUUGAAAGACACCUUAAUCACCUCAAAACCAUCCCAAACACUAUGGAAGCGCCCCCGUCCGCCAUCGUUGCCCCCGGGGCCGCAGCUCACGUGCAACAGCAGCAGCAGCAGCAGCAGCAGCAGCAACAACAACAACAGCAGCAGCAGCAUCAACAGCAGCAGCAGCAACAGCAGCAGCAACAGCAACAGCAGCAACAUCGUCGCCAGAUGUCAGACAUGGCCGCCACGGCGGAUGCCAAUUUCUUCCCCAAGAGACAAAAGAUCUUUACGCAUACGAAUCAGACACUUGUUAAUCCCAUGCAGACGAGCCGCAUACCCUGA